CCGGCCGUCCGGCAGCGCGCGGGUUAAGGCUGGCACCGCGCCCGGCGGGAGGGAGGGGGGCGCCCACCUCCCCUCCCCCCCGCGCCGGGCAUGCGGGGCCCGCCGGGCACCGAGGACGAGCUGCUGGCGGCCGAGAUGGAGAACGAGGACGAGAUGUCAGAGGAGGAAGACGGGGGCCUGGGCAGCUUUGAGGACUUCUUUGCUGAGGAGCCCGUGACCCUCCCCAAGAAGAAGAAACCCCGGAAACCCAAGGAAAGCAGGUCCAAGGGGAAGAGGAAGAAGAAGGAGGGGAGCAACGAUGAGCUGUCUGAGGCAGAGGAGGUGCUGGAGGGGAAGUCGGAGAGCGAGGGCAGCGACUACUCCCCAACCAAGAAGAAGAAGAAGAAGCUGAAGGAGAAGAAGGAGAAGAAGGCCAAGCGCAGGAGGAAGGAGGAGGAAGAGGAGGAGGCCGAUGACGGGGGCCUCAAGGAACCCAAGUCAUCGGGCCAGCUGAUGGCUGAGUGGGGCCUGGACGAUGUGGAGUGCCUGUUCUCUGAGGAGGACUACCACACGCUCACCAACUACAAGGCCUUCAGCCAGUUCCUCAGGCCCCUCAUCGCCAAAAAGAACCCCAAGAUCCCCAUGUCGAAGAUGAUGACAGUGCUGGGUGCCAAGUGGCGUGAAUUCAGCGCUAACAACCCCUUCAAGGGCAGUUCAGCAGCUGCGGCGGCAGCGGCAGUGGCGGCCGCAGUGGAAACGGUCACCAUCGCGCACCCCCUGGCCAUCAGCCCCCAGCAGCCGCCCCCACCCAUGCCCAUUCGCAAGGCCAAGACCAAGGAGGGCAAGGGGCCCGGGGUGAGGAAGAAGAUCAAAUGCUCCAAAGAUGCCAAGAAGAAGGGCAAGAAGAAGGCGUCGGGGUUCAGGUUCCGCUUCGGGAGUGCCAGUGGCAAGAGGAAGAAGGGGUCCUCGAGCGAGGAGGACGAGCGGGAUGAGUCGGACCUGGAUAGCGCCAGCAUCCACAGUGCCUCGGUGCGCUCCGAGAGCUCGGCCGCCCUGGGCAAGAAGAGCAAGAGGAGGCGCAAGAAGAAGAGGACGGAAGACGGGGACGGCUACGAGACGGACCACCAGGACUACUGCGAGGUGUGCCAGCAGGGCGGCGAGAUCAUCCUGUGCGACACGUGCCCGCGGGCCUACCACCUGGUGUGCCUGGACCCCGAGCUGGAGAAGGCCCCGGAGGGCAAGUGGAGCUGCCCGCACUGCGAGAAGGAGGGCGUGCAGUGGGAGCCCAAGGACGAGGACGACGAGGAGGAGGAGGGCGGCGGCGAGGAGGAGGAGGACGACCACAUGGAGUUCUGCCGCGUGUGCAAGGACGGCGGCGAGCUGCUCUGCUGCGACGCCUGCCCCUCGUCCUACCACCUGCACUGCCUCAACCCGCCGCUGCCCGAGAUCCCAAACGGUGAAUGGCUCUGCCCGCGCUGUACUUGCCCCCCGCUGAAGGGCAAAGUCCAGCGGAUCCUGCACUGGAGGUGGACAGAGCCGCCCGCGCCCUUCAUGGUGGGGCUGCCAGGGCCGGACGUGGAGCCCAGUGGUCCCCCACCCAAGGUCCUGGAAGGCAUCCCAGAGAGAGAGUUCUUUGUCAAGUGGGCCGGACUGUCCUACUGGCACUGCUCCUGGGUGAAGGAGCUGCAGCUGGAGCUGUACCACACGGUGAUGUACCGGAACUACCAAAGAAAGAACGACAUGGAUGAGCCGCCGCCCUUCGACUAUGGCUCUGGGGAUGAGGAUGGGAAGAGCGAGAAGAGGAAGAACAAGGACCCGGUUCACGCCAAGAUGGAGGAGCGCUUCUACCGCUAUGGCAUCAAGCCCGAGUGGAUGGUGGUGCAUCGCAUCCUGAACCACAGCUUUGACAAAAAGGGGGACGUGCACUACCUGAUCAAGUGGAAGGACCUGCCCUACGACCAGUGCACCUGGGAGAUCGACGACAUCGACAUCCCCUACUACGACAGCCUGAAGCAGGCCUACUGGGGCCACCGAGAGCUAAUGCUGGGUGAAGACAGCAGGAUCCCCAAGAAGCUGGCCAAGAAGGGCAAGAAACUCAAGGACGAGAAACAAGAGAAGCCACCGGACACCCCCAUAGUGGAUCCCACGGUCAAGUUUGACAAGCAGCCUUGGUACAUAGACGCCACGGGGGGCACGCUGCACCCCUACCAGCUGGAAGGCCUCAACUGGCUGCGCUUCUCCUGGGCCCAGGGCACCGACACCAUCUUAGCGGACGAGAUGGGCCUGGGCAAGACGGUCCAAACCAUCGUCUUCCUCUACUCGCUGUACAAGGAGGGUCACUCCAAGGGUCCCUAUUUGGUCAGCGCACCCCUGUCCACCAUCAUUAACUGGGAACGCGAGUUUGAGAUGUGGGCGCCCGACUUUUACGUGGUCACCUACACCGGAGACAAGGAGAGCCGUGCGGUGAUCCGCGAGAAUGAGUUCUCCUUCGAGGACAAUGCCAUCCGCAGUGGGAAGAAGGUCUUCCGCAUGAAGAAAGAGGUACAGAUCAAAUUCCACGUCCUGCUCACCUCAUACGAGCUCAUCACCAUCGACCAGGCCAUCCUGGGCUCCAUCGAGUGGGCCUGCUUGGUGGUGGACGAGGCUCACCGGCUCAAGAACAACCAGUCCAAGUUCUUCAGAGUCUUGAACAGCUACAAGAUCGACUACAAGUUGCUGCUGACGGGAACCCCGCUGCAGAACAACCUAGAAGAACUGUUCCACCUACUCAACUUUCUGACCCCCGAGAGGUUCAACAACCUGGAGGGCUUCUUGGAGGAGUUUGCCGACAUCUCCAAGGAAGACCAGAUCAAGAAGCUACACGAUCUGCUGGGGCCGCACAUGCUACGGCGACUCAAGGCAGACGUGUUCAAGAACAUGCCGGCCAAGACGGAGCUCAUCGUCCGCGUGGAGCUGAGCCAGAUGCAGAAGAAGUACUACAAGUUCAUCCUCACACGCAACUUCGAGGCGCUCAACUCCAAGGGGGGCGGGAAUCAGGUCUCGCUGCUCAACAUCAUGAUGGACCUGAAGAAGUGCUGUAACCACCCCUACCUCUUCCCCGUGGCCGCCGUGGAGGCUCCAGUCCUGCCCAAUGGCUCCUACGAUGGCAGCUCCCUGGUCAGGUCGUCGGGGAAGCUCAUGUUGCUGCAGAAGAUGCUUAAGAAGCUGCGGGACGAGGGUCACCGGGUGCUUAUCUUCUCCCAGAUGACCAAGAUGCUGGACCUCCUGGAAGACUUCCUGGAGUACGAGGGCUACAAGUAUGAGCGGAUCGAUGGCGGCAUCACGGGGGGCCUCCGGCAGGAGGCGAUCGAUAGAUUCAAUGCACCUGGGGCCCAGCAGUUCUGCUUCCUCCUGUCCACCCGGGCUGGCGGCCUGGGCAUCAACCUGGCCACGGCGGACACUGUCAUCAUCUACGACUCGGACUGGAACCCCCACAAUGACAUUCAGGCCUUCAGCCGCGCCCACCGCAUUGGGCAGAACAAGAAGGUGAUGAUCUACCGCUUCGUGACUCGAGCUUCCGUGGAGGAGCGGAUCACGCAGGUGGCCAAACGUAAGAUGAUGCUCACGCACCUGGUGGUGCGGCCCGGCCUGGGCUCCAAGUCUGGCUCCAUGACCAAGCAGGAGCUGGACGACAUCCUCAAGUUUGGCACCGAGGAGCUCUUUAAGGACGACGUGGAGGGCAUGAUGUCUCAAGGCCAGAGGCCAGUCACGCCUAUCCCUGAUGUCCAGUCCUCCAAAGGUGGAGCUUUGGCUGCCAGCGCCAAGAAAAAGCAUGGCAGCACCCCGCCAGGUGACAACAAGGACGUGGAGGACAGCAGUGUGAUCCACUAUGACGACGCGGCCAUCUCCAAGCUGCUGGACAGGAACCAGGACGCCACGGAUGACACUGAGCUGCAAAACAUGAAUGAGUAUCUGAGUUCCUUCAAGGUGGCGCAGUAUGUGGUGCGGGAAGAGGAUGGAGUGGAGGAGGUGGAGCGGGAGAUCAUCAAGCAGGAGGAGAACGUGGACCCCGACUACUGGGAGAAGCUGCUGCGACACCACUACGAGCAGCAGCAGGAGGACCUGGCCCGCCACCUGGGCAAGGGCAAGCGCAUCCGCAAGCAAGUCAACUACAACGACGCGUCGCAGGAGGACCAGGAGUGGCAGGACGAGCUUUCGGACAACCAGUCUGAAUACUCCAUCGGGUCCGAGGAUGAGGACGAGGACUUUGAGGAGAGACCGGAAGGACAGAGUGGACGGCGCCAGUCCCGGCGGCAGCUGAAGAGUGACCGGGACAAGCCCCUGCCGCCCCUUCUUGCUCGAGUGGGCGGGAACAUCGAGGUGCUGGGUUUCAAUGCCCGCCAACGGAAGGCCUUUCUUAAUGCCAUCAUGCGCUGGGGCAUGCCCCCUCAGGACGCCUUCAACUCCCACUGGCUGGUCCGGGACCUGCGGGGCAAAAGCGAGAAGGAGUUUAGAGCCUACGUGUCCCUCUUUAUGCGGCACCUGUGUGAGCCAGGGGCCGACGGCGCGGACACCUUCGCGGACGGGGUCCCCCGCGAGGGCCUGUCCCGGCAGCACGUGCUCACGCGCAUCGGUGUCAUGUCGCUGGUGAGGAAGAAGGUGCAGGAGUUCGAGCAUGUCAACGGGAAGUACAGCACCCCAGACCUGAUCCCCGAGGGGCCCCCGAAGAAGCCCGCCGAGGCUGUGUCGUCCGACCCUAACACCCCAGUGCCUGCCAGCCCUGCCCACCUUCCGCCUGCCCCACUGGGCAUGCCAGACAAAAUGGAAGCGCCGCUUGGCUACCUGGAUGAGAAGGAUCUGGGGGUGCAGAAACUGAAGAGGGGCCCAGACACCCAGGCCCUGAUGAUGCUGGACAGAGCGGAGGCUGAGGACCGGCAGGAGAGCACCGAGGGGAGAGAGCCGGCCCCAGAGGACUGCGGGGAGGAGCAAGAGAAGGGCCCGUCCUCCCCCGAGCCUCUGCCCAAAGAAGAAAUGCUUCCUGAAAAGGAGAAGGUUCUGGACAAGCUGGAGUUCAGCCUUACACACAGCAGGGCGGAUGGCAGCGACUUCAGGCCAGAGGACCCCAAAGUGGAGGAGAGGGAGCCUGUGGAGGCCCAGCAGAACGGCAACAAGGAGGAAGAUGAUGAGCGAAGGAAGGAGGAGAAGACGGGGAAGUUCAAGUUUAUGUUCAACAUAGCUGAUGGCGGCUUCACAGAGUUGCACACGCUGUGGCAGAACGAGGAACGGGCCGCUGUGACUUCGGGGAAGAUCUAUGACAUCUGGCACCGUCGCCAUGACUACUGGCUUCUGGCCGGCAUAGUGACGCACGGAUACGCCCGCUGGCAGGACAUCCAGAACGACCCCCGGUAUAUGAUCCUCAAUGAACCCUUCAAGUCUGAGAUCCACAAAGGCAACUACUUGGAGAUGAAGAACAAGUUCUUAGCAAGACGCUUCAAGCUGCUGGAACAAGCGUUAGUGAUUGAGGAACAGCUGCGCAGGGCUGCGUACCUCAACAUGACGCAGGACCCCAACCACCCCGCCAUGGCCCUCAACGCCCGCCUGGCUGAGGUUGAGUGCCUUGCCGAGAGCCACCAGCACCUCUCCAAGGAGUCGCUGGCGGGGAACAAGCCGGCCAAUGCUGUCCUGCAUAAGGUCCUGAACCAGCUGGAGGAGCUGCUGAGUGACAUGAAGGCAGACGUCACCCGCCUGCCGUCCAUGCUGUCCCGGAUCCCCCCAGUGGCUGCCCGCCUGCAGAUGUCAGAGAGGAGCAUCCUCAGCCGCCUGACCAACCGCGCAGGGGACCCCACCAUCCAGCAGGGCGCUUUCGGCUCCUCCCAGAUGUACAACAACUUCGGGCCCAAUUUCCGGGGCCCUGGGCCGGGAGGAAUUGUCAACUACAACCAGAUGCCCCUGGGCCCUUACGUGACUGAUAUCUAGUGGCCCAAGACUGUCCUCGGCCCAGUGCUCGUGUUCAGCCAAGCCUCAGGAGAGCAGCUGCUGCUGGACAGGAGGACAGUGCGUGGGGGCAGAGAAGGAUGUGCUGCAGUUUGGAGGGGCCACUGUGUCCUCCCCGGAUGGCCGGCGGGUCUCCCCGGUGGUGCGGUGUCCUUGCCGCGGUCUC